CAUCUUCCUGGGAAAUCACUAAAGGGUACUGGGUUGUGGAGCAGGUGGCCGCUCAGGCCUCCACCUUGCUGACCUGAGGCGGAAGGCUUUUCGCAGGUCCUCGUCGGGCUCCUGGCGGGGCCCUUUCCACCCAGCGCUUCCGCUUCCCGGAGGAAUAGCCGUCUCCCCGAGGGUCCUGAGCAAACGACCCCCUCCGUUGUCUCGGCUCCGCUCUUGGGUUGGCGGUUGAGGGAAAGAAGAGAGCUGUGCUCCUGUCAGGAUGAAAAAAUAAGGAAAUCAUCUGCAACAUUAUGUGCCAACCCUUCAAUGGAAGCUGUUUGGACAGUGGGCCAAAGCACAUGAUUAACAUUAGAGGUACGUACGUCCUGGGUAUCUACAUUUGAGGCCAUUUGAUCCCUGGAAGGACUGUGCACCUCAGAGGCACAGAGCAGAGGAAAGGGUCUGCCGGACAAGCAGUUGGAACGUGUGAACCAACAGGUGCCGCGAAAAGACUCACGCCUCCCUCGAUCUACGUGCUGUUUUUGUUCUCCUAUACAGUCCGUUCCGUGACUCUGGGAGACUCAGGUGAAGAAGGAGGGUCCACACAAGCAGUAAACCCUUUGUGGCCCGAGGCCAAAAGGCGUGCUGAAGGACAUUGUUUUAGGGAAGAUGUGCCGUGCCUGUGUGUCUGACGGCCAGAACCCUCAACCUCUAUUAGUCACCUCUUGAGAGGACACCCAAAUCACAAUGGAUGCUGAGUAUGUCCUGUGCAACUGGAAAGACCACUUGUGGCCAGCAAGGGUUUUGUCCAGAUCCGGGGUCUCACCAAGAAAUAAGAGGAAAGGAGCACUUUCUCUAGAAGUUGAAAUACUCUCGGUAGAUGAAAAAAUUAAAGUGAAAAGCACAGACGUAAAGAUCCUAAACGAGUCUCAGAUUGAAUCCAUUACCUCCUUGCUAACAGCCCAGUCGAAGGCCAGUGUCCCAGCGGGACAGGAAGUGCCUUACAGAAACGCUCUUUCAGUGGCAUUGGAGAUUCUGAAGGAGAGAGCAGAUGUGCGCCCAGCAGGAGCAUCGGAUGAUCCAGAGACCACUACACCGUCCCGAAGGGGACCAAGAAAGCGAUCUCUUAAAGACUACCGGAAGGCCAAAGGGAUCUUACUGAGGCGUCUCAGGAAACGCAGAAACCUCAAAUCGCGGCUGGUGCAUUCUCGGAGACAGGAUGCCCCAGAUGGCGGCCAAUCACAGGCACACACAACCCUCACUCCCCUUCCAAGGAAAAGGCAAGCAAAGUCCUCACCAAGCUCCAGCAGGCGCCCGAACUUACCGUCACUUUCAGAAGAUGGUGGUGAGAAAGAGGGCAAGGAAAAGAGGGACACCUCAAGAGUUAGGUCUUUGCAUCGCAUAGCCAAGGAGGCGGGUACCGGGGCUGAAGAUGGAGGCAUCCUUCCAUCUCCGCCACCAGGUUUCAACCUCACUGUGCCCGAGGAGGCUCCGAAAGAAGAGGCACCUGACACCCACGCAAAGACCCCGGAUGCCUCCUCUGAGCGCUCUGCCUCCUCCGGGAAUGUUGAGGACCACGGAGAGGGUCCCUGGGAGCCAGGCAUGGAAGGUGCGGCAGCCUCCUCCAGCGCCCCUAACCUGAGGCCGCGUUGUUCACUCCGUCUGGCAAACAGGAGAAGGAAGCUGCAGGUACCAGAGUUUGAGAAAGGGCUGCAGGAAUCUCGACCUUCGGCCAGCUCAAAGGCUGUGAACCCCACCACUGCUAUUAAGAAGGAUGUCAGCCAGGAAAUGGGACAACUGACCAGCACGCUUUCUCCACAGGAGCCUUGUCCCAUUGAAGGAGGAAUGAUGGUCUGGUUUAAAUUUCAAAAUCACCCCUUUUGGCCAGCGGUGGUAAAGAGCGUCAGCCAAGCAGAGCAGACUGCAAGGGUGCUUUUGAUUGAGGCAAACAUGCACGCUGAAAUGAGUGGCAUUCGAGUUCCUCUUCGAAGAUUAAAGCCCCUGGACUGCAAAGAGAAAGAAACACUGAUGAAGAGAGCCAGGAAAAUGUACGAGCAAAGUGUGAACUGGUGUUUCUCCCUGAUUUCUCACUACAGAGAAGGGCUCACUUGUGGGUCUUUUGCAGGCUCCUUCCUGGACUAUUAUGCUGCUGACGUCAGUUACCCAGUUAGGAAAGCCAUCCAGGACGGGGAUCUGGAGGCUGACUUCCCAAAGGUCAAUUAUGCCGACCUGGAGGAUUCUGAGGAGGAGACCUCCGUGGGCGGGAAGAGGCCCCGCAAGAAGAUUCUCCCUGACCGGAUGAGGGCUGCUCGGGACCGAGCCAACCAGAGGCUCGUGGACUUCAUCGUGAAAACGAAGGGGGCCGAUCACCACCUUCUGGACAUUGUCAAAGGCAGGAAACAGUCCAGGUGGCUGACAUCGUUUCUGAAUUCCAACAGGUACACGCUCUGCGUUGAAACAUACCUGGAGGAUGAAGACCAGUUGGAUGUCGUGGUGGGACAUUUACAAGAAAUCUACAAACAAAUAGACAAGAAGAGGCUGACUCUGGCAAGGGACGACAAAGUGAGUUUUGUUCUGGAAGUUCUUCUGCCAGAAGCAAUCAUUUGUUCAAUUGCUGCACUUGACGGAUUAGGUUAUAAGGAGGCAGAAGAAAAGUACCUACGGGGCCCACCCGUGCAUUACCGAGAAAAAGAGCUGUUUGAUAAAAAUAUCUUAAAGAAAAUGCGAUAGAGAUCGGCACCAAGGGGCAAAGCUAAUAAGUAAGCCCUCCUGUGCCCACACUGCAGCAGGGAGACCUCUCAUUGCCUGUCUGUAUGCAAUGCGGGAUCCUUCCAUUCUCUAUGCCAUGUACAUACGUUCUAGGAGUUUGAGACCCCGGGAACAUGCUGGGUUCAUUUUGGAUCCAUCUGUGGCACUUGUGCGUAGCACGGCCACCAUCGUUUCUAGUUCCCAAACGCCUCGCAAACUAAUUUGAUAAAAAAAAA